AUGGAACCCAAGCGCGAACGGAAGCGGCUGUACCCCGGCUUGGACAAUCAUCAGCCCAAGCUGUCUUCCUCGUCCUCGUCGCCGGCGUCGGUAGCUAGCCAGGACAGUGCCAUAACCAUUUCAAGCGCAUCACCGCCCAGGGAGACCCCCGAAGAAAUGGCCGUCUCGUCGGAAGCCAGCGACGAUCCCCGCCCGACGACCAAAGCCGUGGCGGCAGAUGUACGGAAUUGGGUUAAUGGACCUAGCCCUGAUGAUUUCACAAGCUCUGAUAUGAGCCUUAACGCAGUGAACGGUACUCGGCUGCCUAACAUACAGCCAAUACCCAGGCGUCGAGAGACGCUGAUCUCAAACAAGAAAGCCAUGGAUAUAUAUCUGGCAGGGACCACAGGCGGAUAA